AUGGACAUCAGUUUGGGAACUUAUAUUGUUAAUUUUAAUUAUGCAGCCAAAUCAUCAGAUGAAUUAACAAUACGAAAAGGAGAUAUUAUAACUGAUGUUUUACCAUCUGAAGAUGGAUGGUUAAAAGGAGAAUUGCAAGGCAAGGCUGGGCAUUUUCCAGAAAACUAUGUUACGCCAUUAAACAAAGAAGAAACCAAAAAAAGAACGCUUACAGCAAUACAAACGGAAAAUAAAAGUGGCACCCUACGUAAACGAUUAUUGACAAGUGCGUCUACAACAACUCGACAUACUACAUUAUUUCAAGUGCGAGUCAAUUAUGUAUAUUUACCCAAUCAUGAUGAUGAAUUAUCUAUUAAAAUAAAUGAUAUUAUUAAUGUUACUCGACUGGUUGAAAAAGGUUGGUACGAAGGCACACUCAAUGGUAAAUCGGGCUUAUUUCCAUCCAAUUAUGUUACGCGUAUUAAUGAAGAUAAAAAUAGUUCUAUCAAACAGAAGUCUAUUGAUGGUCGCACUACACCUGUUAAACGUGAUUCGCCGAAGAAAAUCCUCUCGACAAAAGCUCGUGUUUUAUAUGACUAUAAAGCUGUAUCUAGUGAUGAAUUAACAUUGAAAACUAAUGAUAUUGUUAUUAUACGUGAUAAGAAUGUUGGCGAAGACGGAUGGUGGAAGGGUGAACUCAACGGACAUAUUGGAUUUUUCCCUGAUAAUUGUGUUGAAGAAAUUCAUGCAUUAACGAAUUUGAAACAUCGAUCAAAUGCAUCCGAUAGUGAAACUAAACAUUCUUCUCAAACAUUAUCAAAAGUAGAACCAAUUGUUGAUGAUUCUUUCCAUAAUCAUUCCAACGAACAUCAUCCUACUACAAAGUCAACAUCAAUUGGUAUUGAUAAAGAUCAUGUAUCACGAAAUAGUUGUGAAGAAAAAAAAACUUUAGAUUCUCCAGAACGAUCCAACGAGCAUGAUGAGCCAAUAUCAAUAUUAACCAAUCGGCCACCAUCAUCAUUGGGAAGGAAAAAUGAAAGUGGUCUCCAGAAGACAACAAGUUCAUUUGAUGAAACAAAUCUUUCACAAUCGAUCGAUUUAAAAAGUGGCAACAAAAUACAUACUCCUUCUCCUCCAUCAUAUCAACGAGAACCAGGUCAAAUAGAAUCACCUCGUUAUAUUAAUCGUACAUUUCCAUUAGCCAAUGGUUCGACAUUGAACAAUACUAAUGAAUCAAAAAAUUCAAGGUUCACAACAGGUGAACAGUUACAAAAAGAAUUGUUAAAACUAAAACUAACAUUGGAGGAAGUGAAAGCAAAAUUUACUGAUCAAAUCGACGAUCUUAUUCAUGAGUUGGAUGAAGAAAAAAAAGCUCGUGCUACAUUACAAAUUGAAAUUGAACGCCUACAAAAGCUCUUUCAAAAAGCAUCACGGAUUAACUCAUAA